GACCGACACUGCUAGAAAAUUGCUAUAAUAAUAUAAGUAACGUGCCACGUAACUUGGGCAACAAAACUAAGAUUUUUAUUAAAAAAUAAUUCACUUUUCGUCGUGAUGGGAUCUGCAACAAGCAUCGAAGUACCUGGAGGCGGGUGUGAGGGAUACCAUGUCUUGAGGGUCCAAGAUAAUUCUCCCGGUCAGCGAGCUGGUUUAGAGGCGUUUUUCGAUUUUAUCGUCGCUAUUGGUAAUACAAGACUGGAUCAGGACAAUGACACGUUGAAGGAAUUGUUAAAGAAGAAUGUAGAGAAUUCAAUCAAGAUGACAAUCUACAGUAGCAAAACACAAACCGUUCGCGAAGUAAACAUAACACCGUCACAAACCUGGGGUGGUCAGGGAUUGUUGGGUGUCAGUAUUCGGUUUUGUUCAUUUGAAGGAGCCAAUGAAAAUGUUUGGCAUGUUUUGGAAGUGCAUCCAUCUUCUCCAGCAGAAACCGCAGGUUUGAGAUCAUUUACCGAUUAUAUCAUUGGUGCUGAUUCGAUUUUGCAUGAGAGUGAGGAUCUGUUUACGUUGAUUGAAUCACACGAAGACAGACCGUUGAAAAUGUACGUGUACAAUACAGAUGAUGACACAUGCAGAGAGGUGAACAUUAAGCCCUAUUCGAAAUGGGGCGGUGAAGGCAGUUUAGGUUGUGGUAUUGGAUAUGGUUAUUUACAUCGUAUACCCGUUCGUUUAUUACCGGACGAGAAGAAACCGUUAAUCAGUUCAUCGCAGACACCAAAUAUGCAACAAGCAGCACCAACUGUGCCGGCUAAUCCAAUAUUUCCUUAUACACCACCUUUGACUUUCGUACCGAAUAUUCCGCUACCAACGCAAACUCCUCAAGCGCCACCCACACAGCCAAUCGCUGACGUAACAGCUGGUCUCUCUCAAGUUACAUUGGAUCAAACACCAAAUGCUAACAGUUAUGAUCCAUCGGCUGUUACAACUACAUCGACGCCGCUUGCAUCCCAGGACGUUCAAAAGCCUGAAGCGGUGCAAUCGAACGUGAACGAAUUAUUUCAAUCAGUUCCUGCGCCAAAAGCUUCACCCAGUAUGAUUGAAUCGUUUCAAACACCAUCAACAUCGUAUGGCCAAUACGCAGCAGGUGUUCAGCAGCAUGUAUCGGUUCCAAGCGAGCAGCCAAUGAUGUACAACACAACACAACAAUUUACCAACGUACCACCGCCAUCGAGUCUGCCUGCAUUUCAACAAUACCAACCUUAUCAGACGGCCGGUGCCGAUCCGAAUCAUUUUAUGAUACCAACGUACAAUACGAGUGCUUAUCCAUCGAAUCCAUUCGCGCAACCAACAGUCACACAAUCCUCUCAAAUUCAACCGCAACCGCCCGGUGCCACGGCUUCAUAUCAAUCGCCGCCGACUUUCACUUCAUUUCCGCAAGUUCAAUCCAGUUCGAUAACAACGCCGAUUUCGUUGCCGGGUAUGCCACCAAUUACAGUAAAUACAACCAUACCGCCUCAACAAUUGGAGGGAAUGCAAUUCAAUCCAUUAACUUCGCAUCAUAAUUGAAAUGAAAUGAUUUCGAGGUUCAUAAUGAGACGGGAAAUGGUGCUGGUCGAUUCAUAUAUGCGUUGAUAGGCAAGGAAUGAUUUUUUCUUUCAAUGUGUAAAUAAGCAUUUACGAUCAUGAACCUGCUGUAUGUAUUUUCUUUUGUUGAAAUUUAUUCUAAUUUACGUGUUUCGUGUUGUCGAGCCAUCAUUGUUCUGCGACUUUAAAAUAAAUUAUUUCAAUAUUAACUAAAGAGAAA